AGCCUCGUGACGGAGGGGCUUCGAACGGCCCUGGCGCGACUGCGGCAUUGUACCCCUGCGGGGGGCUCGCUGCCAAGCACACCGAAUCCACCGUCCACCCCGGAACACAAGUCCCAACGACGGGGAGGGAAGAACGCGCGCGUGAAUCCGCAAACCGAAUUGUUGCAGGGGUGCUCGAAAAGUCGCGAGUCGGCGACCAGAUGCGGUAGUUUGGGAAGUAACGCGUGUGAUACGGGGGAUACAUCGCAGUCGCAGCCAUCCCGAGGACAACAUGGAGCUGACGGCGGCGGACGGGACGGCGAUCUUUUGUCGUCCGCGAUACGACGGUUCAACUUCAAGUCGGCCGGCGGCAGCCGUAGUUGCCGUACAGUGCCGAAAGUCGUGGUCAUGGGCUCCAGCACGGCGUCCGAGACCACGAUUAACACGAGCACCGACAGCGCCAACACGAUGCUCACCAUGGUGACGACGACGGACGGGGAGCAGCCGGACGACAGUUUCGACUUAAUCGACGUGCCGGCCGAAAUGUCGCCUCCCGCUACAGCCCCGUCGCAACCGUCAUCCAUCCAUCCCGACGAUAUAACCGCGAGCAGCCGUAACUCAUCGCCGGCGUCGCCCACGUCGCCGAUCUCCGUCGCGGCGCCGGCGAACCAAACCACACCGCCGUUACCGCAUUCGUCGUCGCCCACGUCUCCGUUGCGCGCUUUCGACGAGACCGAGACCGCCGGACCCUCGGGCCGUUGUUCCCGUUCGAGACUCGACUCGAGUCAGCACAACGGCAAUUCCAAAACGAUAACCGGCUCCUCCAUCGGUCAGGGACACAACGCGAGUAACGGCGCGGAGGGAAGCACGGCUCUCCCGCCGCCCACGCCGAUGGUCAGCGUGCACCAGGAGUCCAGAUUCACCUUCGGCGGCAGCGGCAGAACUCCGCCGCUCCCAGAUCUCAGAGCCGCGGAUUUCUUCAGCACCCCUGUGAGGGGCUCCGUGGACGCGGGUCAGCCCGAUUCGGCUGACACGCGCUCCUCGAUCCGAAAUCUGGUGGCCACCCAGGAAAAGCAGAACGCCAGAACGGGGUAUCAGGUCGAUUACGGAAAGGUCAACUCGACUCAGGCGAACGCGUUGGAGAAGACCGAGGAGUCGACUCGGCACAGGCGAAGCCAGAAGAGGCCCAACAUCAACGUGACGACCAAUCCGCUCGAUAUAUCGCUCAUAGGUGCGACGCAACCGUGCAACACUCAGGGCUGCAACAUCCAGAGUAGCGGAAGCACAAAAUCGCGAGGACGUUCAGCGGGCGGAAGCGCCGGCGGCAGCGUGAAGCGAUCGACCCAGGCGACAAUCGUGGUGCAACAACCGUCCCUGUCGUUGGACGCGCCCGCGGCGACGAUCCUAUUGCACCCGGACGCCGACGUGAGGCGACGCGAGGAGAACAUGCGGCAGCUGUUAGACGUCGCCAAUACUCUCACUCUGCAGGAGAUACACGACUUCGAGAUGAGAUACGGGAGUCCCCAUCACAGCCGGUCGCAAUCAGUAAAAGCUCCCGGUAGCCGCUCUUCCGGUCGACCGAAUUACCUGUGUCUUCCGCAACAGAGAUCGCGAGUGGCGAGCAUGCCCAACACCGGCGUGGAGGAAGAGUACUACAGACUGCGGCAUUUCAGUAUCACGGGAAAAGGCGUGGUAAACCGGGGCGACUCCCUCAAGAGCCGCAGAUCGCGCUCUAAUAACAGCGUGGCGUCGAGCAACUCCAGCACGGAACACUUGACCGCCUCGUAUCCGGGGUCGGCGCGGAACUCUGCGGCGGGUUCGUUGGCGAGUUCGAGGGAGAGCAGCGCGUCCCAAGGCCCGGCGCCCUACCGCGUCCUCAUGCUGGGCGCUCCCGCCGUCGGCAAGAGCUCGUUGGUGUCUCAAUUUAUGACUUCCGAGUACCUGCACGCCUACGACACUUCGAUCGACGACGAGUCCGGCGAGAAGACUGUCAGCGUGCUGUUGGCCGGCGAGGAAUCGGAAUUGACUUUUAUCGAUCAUUCCUGCGCCGAGAUGACGCCGGAAAAUUGCAUCGCGACCUAUGAACCGCACGCGUACUGCGUCGUUUAUUCCACGACCGAUCGGACAUCAGUGCGCGUCGCCGAGGAGGUUCUCCAAUCCUUAUGGCGGAGCGAUCACGUAUCUGCGAGGGCAGUCAUCCUCGUGGGAAACAAAGUCGAUCUCGUACGCAGCCGACUGGUGUCGACCGAAGAGGGCAAAUCCAUGGCGACGUCUUACGACUGCAAGUUCAUCGAAACAUCGGUCGGGAUCAAUCACAACGUCGACGAGCUGCUGGUCGGUUUGCUCACGCAGAUUCGCUUGAAACUGGAGAAUCCCGAGAGGACCAGAGAGAUGUUCCGGAAAAGAUCGCGGAAAAAUCGCAGCAAGUCGCCGUUGGGCUCGUGCUCGGAGAACAACUCGCCUAAAAAGUACCGCGGCAGUCGGACCAGCACCAGCCUCAAGGUGCGCAAUCUGCUUGACAAGGUCUGGGCGCGCGACAGCAAGUCGAAGAGCUGCGAGAAUCUGCACGUGCUGUAAAAUCCGUGGGAUCGAUAUAUCGAUCAUCUCGAUCCGGAAUAAUCUGAAACGAACGAGCUUGCGGCAGACUUCCAUUGAAACGUUCUACGCUUCGGAAUAGUCUUCGAGCUUCGGGGGUCAACGAGGUGACUCUCGUCGAAGAAGAGGACAAGUAUCGACCGCUCGAUACCCUUCGUGGGAGAAGAGAAGGCACGUGCGUACCGCUUUUGUAAUGAAGUAGCGACCUUUCCGGCCGCGUUUCUCGACGUCGUAUGCUGUCAAGCCCUUUUACGGAUGGGGGGCAAUCUUUCGCUGCUUCUGACGAAGCACGCUGAGUCUGAUUAUCGAAACACGCCAAGUCAGCGAAAGUUCACUUUUUAUUUCGCUCACGCGACUUUGAAAGUUUUAACAGUGAACCCCCCCCUGAUCGGAGAUGCUCUCUUUUCUACAUUGUAUCCUAGGUUUCCCCGUCGCAAUUAAUAAUGCUGAAACCAGCAGACUAGCGUUUCUCUCACAUUUACGAUUUAAUCAAAUUUUUUUAAAGGCAUGGAUUGUUGGACUUUUCAUAGCUCUUAUAAAUUCCGGGCGUGAGUAAUAAGAGGCGCCCUUAAUCCCGAAGAGGUCCGGUAAGUGUACAAUCUCUGUGAUUACCGUAAAUAUAGGCCACGGGGAGAUUGUUCGAGCGCGUAUCCCGCGAGAGAAGCGUAAGCGUCGUUAUCGCGAGGAUCGAGUACGUUUUCGCGCGCGAAUAGAUCGUAAAAUAAAAUGCCCAUAAAGUAACGCGAAAGGCGACACCGAAAGCAGCAAUCAGCGUAGAUUACUACUCGGCCGAGCUCGUUAUCGCGCGUAACCGAGGCCAUUACGUGAAGGGAAUCGCAUCGAUCCUUAUCACGUCCGCGCCAAAGGACGCCACAAUCGAUCAUAGUUUACAUUCCCGCAGCAUAAGUGCGAGCGGCGAAAAAGCAGCGUCGUGCAAAAAGAGAAUUCGCUCCGAAAGUGAAUAUUCGCAGGGUAGCGUCAGGAAUAUGAUAUCGCUUUGCAGUUUGCAUGGUAACAAAAUGCGCGCGCGCGCGAUUAAAUUUACACCAAUUUUUUGCAUUUCACUUUUAUACGAGAUCGAAGUUUGGGUCAAAGCAAAGCAGGGGAUCGACGAUUUGCAGCUAUGCCAACGAGCCGGUAGCUUGUUGACCCUUUCACGCUUAGCAAUUUCGGCUGAAAUCCCAUAUAGGCAAAUUUGGGAAUAGAUAGCAAUACAGGCAGAGAGAUGGCCAUCCAUUGCGGUUCCUCUAAUAGCUACUGAAACAGUGGUUCUCAAAUUUUUUUAUUCAUAAUAUAGUGUUAUUUCUUGUGUGAGAAUAUUACGGCACAUUCAACGCUUCACUUCGCGAAUUAAUACGAGACAUUACAUAUUCUGAAUGUAAUAAAUAAUAAAAUCUAUAUAUUAAGCAAAAAUAGGGAAGAAAGUAGAGAUGAAAGAUCGAAAUGGAAAUUUGAAACUUGAGCUGUGGUUUUUAUUAUUAAAAAAAAAAUAGAUAUCUUAGAUUGUAUAUGCAAUAAUCUAUACAAUUUGCUAUUAAAGUAUAGAAUAAAAUUCUUUAUCUAAAGACGUUUAAUUUUAGCUAAAGUGGAUUAUAUAAUAUUUUAAAAGUAAAAAAUAUGGUAUUUCAUAUUUCUGCCAAUUUGUCCUUUUCUAUACAGAAUAUCAUAAGUUUUCUUUCCCACACAUUGAAAAAUUUAAAGUUUCGUGGCAUGACCUUUGAGAACCACUACAUCAAAGCGCAGUACAGUUAAUAAAAUCGCGGUAACAUAUCGAAAUUUUCAAUCUAUUCGAAUUUGUUAAAAAUAUAACUUUAAUAGAUAUUUUAAACCCUUUUUUUUAGUCUAUCUAAAAUAAAUCAUUUAUUUUGCUAUAAUCCUACUUCGCAUUUAUUGUAAAUAAUUUCGUUUAGUCUAAUCAGCUGAAGCAAGUUCUUCAAUUUUUCUUCAUCGGUUAAUGACCGGUAAGCCAUUAAAGGGAAAUUGAACACAUCUCUGAUUGCUCUAUUUAGGUCAAAGGAAUUAGCACGUGCAAGAUAGAACAGACGUGAGUUCAAACCAGAUCCGGAAAGAUUUGUUUCUAAUAAAGAGGUCACCAUAAAUCCAUAUUACAGUGAUCCGAGGGAUGAGAUUAAACGUAAUGAAUAACAUAAACCGCUGAAUUACGCGUCAUAUAACUGAAAAUCCUUUAGCCUUCCGACAGAGUCACGUACGCGUACAAAGUACGCGUGCAAACGCAAACGAGUGUUAAUAUCGAAUAAAAAUAUUUUCAUUUUGUAACAAAUAACUCCACAUGAAUGUGUUCAUUCGAUGCGAUAAAAAUGUUGUGCCCUUCCAUAAAAACUGGAAGAUUUUAAUUGUUUAUUUCUCAGUGAAUUGCAGUAAAAAUACAAUGAGUUGCAAGAUGCACUGCACAACUGUACAACUGUGUCGGAAAGUUAAAUGAUACAAAUACAAAUCGUAAGAUUCAUGGAGUCGUGAAGGAUAAGUAGGUCAUCCAAUCACCGCGAUUCACCUGCUAUUCCUGAAUUAGAGGAUCCUGAUAUCAGCGGCGGAAAGCAAAAGCACAAUGAUGACGCUAACAGACGAAUCGAAUCGCCAUUGCAAAUGAUCGUCCCGUGCGACAAGCAAUUAAUUUCUUAACGAGCUCGAUGUCGGCCGGCCGACGUCGAAAUUCACAGCGCGAAACGAUUAGCGCCGGAAGAGACUGACUAGCAUUGAAUUCGUGAACGAGUUCGAAAAUAGGGAAUUUUCCGGCGGAAGACCACCGUAUAAGAGUACGAGUUCCAUUAGCGCGUAUGCGAGUGACAGUUUGCGCGAACGAUGUUGAACUUCGGACCACUGAACACGUUAUACAGAGUGCAUUCAAGAUCGCGCAUUUUUUUUUUUUUUUAUAUAAAUGUAGAGAUUUCGGUGAGUUUGUAGUUAUUUGUAGGUCUUGACGUUUUUGUUACAUUUAAAAUUCAUACUACGCGCAAUAUGUUUUAAUUGUGCAUUGAGUGUGCCUUGCCUUUAAUUAACGACAAAACGCAAAUUGAAAUUUAGAUAAUUAAAGACUAGUGUAAUUAAAGCAAAUCGUUAUUUUUUUUCGGUUUAUUUGACUUUCAUCUACGAUAAUAAGAUAAAUAUGUAUGUGAUAUAUGCGCGAUACAUAAGACACCCUGUAAAAUAAUACAAUUAUUGAUGUUUCUCGCAUUCCGCGCAGAAAAAAAAGAUCCUCUGACGUCGUACUCGCCAUCAUUGCCCACUUCAAUUAGCUAAAUUACACGGUGAUACGCUAAGGUACGCCUACUCACCGAGCUGCAUGCAUCGCGCAAUCCAUUGCUAUAUGAGCGCACUGAAAUUCUCGCAACUGCAUGAUUUAUUCCACCCCAUUUUACAAUCCCGCGGUUGUGCGCUCCGCACAUAUACAUCCGUAUGCGUGUUUAGCCAUUCCAUUUACAACACAUUAUGCUAAAUCCGAUCCUAUUUUUACUUUCCGCCUAUGUUUCCUUUUCACGCGUUUUUUACGCGAGCGUUAAUCACGUAAACACGCCGCAAAGCUUGCAAAUGCUAGAAAUGACUUCUAAAAGAUAUUCUUAGAAUAUGACAUAUAAUAAUAAACUCCUAGAAGAUAUUCUCUUAGAGCACAGUAUAUAAUAAUAAAAGGAAUCAUUGCCAUACUUAAUGUCGCAGAUGUAUCGCAAGAUAAAUCGAGCGGGGAUAAGAAAUAUAAUUCCGAUCUGGAUUGUUUUACAAGGUAUAACUUGAAUUGUGCUAACGCAAGCAAUGCUGAACAAUGGAUUUCUAGUAUAAUUGAAUCUCUGCGCGCGUGUGUAUGUGUUACGUGGUACAUUUUUUCGCACUUUUAUUGGAUUGAACUUCUGCGAAGUUUCCUUUUUAUGCCACGAGUAUAAAAUGCAAUAAUAUAGAAUACGUUCUUUCGCCUUUUUAUUGAAACAUUUAACUUUGUUAUGUCGCACUAUUCUCGACAAAAUACUUGUUCAAACCUAUAAUAGUAUCAUUUCUUUCACGGCAACUGUAACUGCGACAGCUGAAAAUUAUUACACGUAUCGUAAAAAUCAGAAAAAAAUAUAUUAUGAAUUAAUAUAUAACUGCAAAC